GUGUGGAGAACACAAGACCUCGCCGGGUCCAAGUUCCUCCCGUGCUCUCACCGGCAGCCAUUGUCAUUGAAACUCCCCCCCUUCAUUGCUGCCUUACCCUCCCCAGUGCCAGCCGUGCCACCGCGCAAGCCUUAAACUGAACCCGGGAGCAGCACAACCUUUUCCUGUCGUCUCCAGCAUCGGGAGUGUAUCUAAGCUAGAGACCACCGCAAGAAGAAGAAGCCAUGGCCAGAGAUAAGAAGAAGGAGAACGAUGGCAGCUGGAAGAAAUUUCUCUGGGACCCCGAGAAGAAGGAGUUCAUAGGCAGGACGGGCAGCAGCUGGUUUAAAAUCCUCCUCUUCUAUCUGGUUUUCUACGGCUGUCUAGCUGGUAUAUUUAUUGGGACCAUCCAAGUGCUUCUGUUGACCCUCAGUGUAUAUGAACCAAAGUAUCAGGAUCGCGUCGCCCCCCCAGGAUUGAGCCAAGUACCCAGAGCUGUGAAGGCAGAACUCUCCUUUAACCUGAACGAACCAUCUUCUUAUGAAGACUAUGUGGCUAGCAUUGCUAAAUUAUUAAAUCAGUAUAACUCCAGCCAACAAGGAGACUUGGCGGUUUUUGAAGACUGCGGUGAUAAACCUAAAGGCUACAUUGACCGUGGGUCAAUCAGUCCAGAUAAUGGCGAAAAGAGAUCCUGUCAAUUUAAGAGGGAAUGGCUUGGAAAAUGCUCUGGUUUGAAUGAUACAACCUUUGGCUUUAGCGAAGGCAAGCCCUGUCUGAUUGUGAAACUUAACAGGAUCGUAGGAUUUAAACCAAAGCCUACAAAUGUAGAUGUUCCUGUUGCCGUUGCCAAUCUGACUGAACACAUCAUUCCUCUCUACUGUACAGGAAGGAGACCCGAGGAUACAGACCACAUUUUUGACAUUCAGUAUUACGGCAUGGGCGGAUACCCUGGAUUCCCCUUGAACUACUAUCCUUACUAUGGAAAGCUGCUACAACCCAAGUAUCUACAACCCCUUAUUGCUGUGCAAUUGAUAAACAUUACCAUGGACACGGAAGUUCGUAUCGAGUGCAGGGCAUACGGCGCGAACCUAAAGCUGAGCGAGAAAGACCGUUUUCAGGGACGCUUCGAUAUAAAGGUUGAAAUUAAAAAAAGCUGAUCGUAGGCGCUGACUGUAAUACCAUAAUCUAAAAUUUAAAAAGAAAAAAAACUUUUAGUCUUGAACAAACUGUCAUGUAUGGGACCUUCACUAAAUAUAUAUGCUUUACACUAGCUUUCUGCAUUUACUAGGGUUAGAAUGUAAAAUCAAGGUGUAGCAAUAGCAACAAGUAUUUAUUUUACUGUAAAUGAGAGAAACUAAUAAAUGACUUGAACCUUGGGAGAUGCCCGUUAUGCUGUAAAAUAUGAUUCCAUAAUCAAAAUGUAGUGAGCAAUGUUUUUGGCCCCAGAAUGUUGCUACAUUGUGUAUUUUAUCUUAUUUGUGUGUAUUAUACAGUAGCAGAUGUGCAGACGCUACACUUUCCGCCAAGCCAUGUGUUUUUUUGUUUUUUUUUGUUUAGUUUUUUUUGUGAGCAAGCUUUUAGUCCAAGGUGUAAAUACUCUGUAUUGGGAAUAAAACUGGCAUGGUAGUGGGAUGGCCAACCAUUGAGAAUAUUUCAUAGCAC